AUGUCAGAACAAAGUGAGGAAGUCCAACCAAGGGUUAAGAGAAAUCAAGUGAAGAAUCACGAUUACUGCGAUUGCUGUCUGAAGAACUUUGGCAUCAUAUUGUACUGUGAUGGGUGCGAUUGUUCGUUUCAUUUACAGUGUGCGUGUCCUCCCAUAGCUCAAGAAAAAAUCCCUGCACAUGAGUGGUACUGUCGUGUGUGCUCAUACCGACUUCAACUGAACAAAUUGACGAUCCCCAAAACCGACCCUUUUUAUCAAAUUCAUUUGUACUUGACAACAGUGAACCCCGUUCAAUUUGAGGUGCCAAAGUACAUAAGCAAAUACACCGACUAUGAACCUCCAAAAAAGGUUUCUAAAUACAGUCGAGACGUUUGUGAGUAUUGCGACCAAAAAGGCGUCCAUGUUAAAUGUGCUUUCCCAGGCUGUAACAGAGCUUUCCAUUUACAAUGCCACGAUCCUCCUUUGUUUGCCAUCCCUAAAGUGUUUUAUUGUGACAUCCACACUCCUAAAGUCGAGAAAAAACUGAAACAUUUAAAGCCAACUUCUGUGGUUUUCUUGAAGAAGGAAAACCUCGACGACCCUUCGUUUUUGGCACCAGCGGCCCCUCUAUUGAAACUUCAAGACAAGUUUAAGAAAUGA